AUGUCUACAGGCGGGCUCACCAACGGGCUCACCAACGGGCUCACCAACGGGCUUACCAAUGGAGGUUCCCACUCAAGCGGAGAUUCGACCCCAGACGAGACAGACACGAACAUGGAAGGAUUCUCGGAUAGUUACCUGUUUCCUUGUCGUUUUCUAGAUUGCGCAUAUUACGAGGACAAAGACCCUGCCACACAUUUCGAAAAUGACCCUUUUCGGGUGGAGCAUGAAAAUAGGCAUAUGAAGUGCUCGUACUGGUGGAUUUGCAACGAAGAAUUCGAAACUAAGGGACUUGCGGAAAAUCAUGAAAAUAUGCACCACGAGAGGCUCAACUGGCGGUUUCAAUGUACCUGGUGCUCUUGGCGUUGGAGGUCUGCAAAGCAGUGGAGAAUGUGUGAAGUAUCACACCAUGCGGACCGUGUUGCGGACGGCUUUCACUGGGUGUGUAUGGAAGGCCCUGAUGAAAGUCCGUGCAAAACAGGCUUCAAGUGUCAAGAACUUGGUCUGUUCGAGAGACAUUUAUCAACGACACACAACGUACCCCAAGACCAAGUCUCAACGAUUGUCGAAAAUUCUGAGUGUAAGCCGAAUGGACGCGGAUUCUUUUGCCUAGGUUGUAGCAAGGUUCGCAAAAUCGACGAUCCCGAAUUUUCAAAUUACCCCGAGGUCCAUGGGCAUUGGAAUUCGCGGCGUUUGGAUCAUCAUCAAACGCAUGUGACGCCCGUGGGACUUAUUUGGCCACAGCCUAGUCAGGGAGGGCCUAGAUGAGGCGAGGAGGCUGGUGACGUUGAAAUG